UACUGGCUUAGUCCAAAAACACUAACCAGAAUUCCAGGAAAGAAUAUUCUACCGAGUAAUAAAGCCGUAUUAAUGGACUGAGGAACUCAAGAAUGCCUUUAGUUUGUGCCUAGUGGAACAAGAACAGUGCGGGAAAAAAAACAGUGCCAGACUAAGAAAACCCAAAACAUUAGAUGGUUGAACACAAUAAGGGAACAAGAAGUGUAAGGCUGAAAUGAACAGGGAAAUUCUAUGCAAUGGACAUUCUUCUUGUUUGAACCAAAAUGCAAUAUCUCCCAAUCAUGAGGGGCUGUCUCUUAAAAUUAUCCAAGAUGGAAAAUCUUCGGAGAGGGCCUGCACUCAGGCACAGAAGCAAGGACACUGUAUGGGUAGGAACUUCAGUACGGUAGAUGGAGAAAAAAUUGGUUCUAACAUUGCGUCGAUUGAAGAUGAUGCCAUACACAACAGAGCUGAGUCACAAACAAACCCACUGAAAUAUAUGGCACCUUGUGUACACUCCAGAGCGGACAGCACUCCAGACAAUAAGACAUUCUUCCCUUCCAGUCAGAGGAAAGCCUUAAGCCGAAAACACAAAGCGAAGAAAUCGUCACAGAGAAUUUCAGAAAGCAAGUACUCCCAAAAUGGAAAAGUCACAGACUAUUUCCCGAUCAGAAGAAGUUCCAGGAAAAGCAAAUCUGAAUUGAAGUGUGAAGAGAAGAAACACAUAGAUGAGUUGAUCACUAAGGGGAUAGAGAACGGAAUGAUGGUGCAGUACAUUGAAGGCAAAGGCAGGGGGGUUUUCGCCACGCAGAACUUUCAGAAGGGCCAGUACAUCGUGGAGUAUCACGGGGACUUGUUGCCUAUAACUGAUGCCAAAAAAAGGGAAGCUAUGUAUGCACAAAAUCCCGAAACCGGCUGUUACAUGUAUUACUUCCAGUAUCUCAGCAAAACAUAUUGUGUGGAUGCUACCAAAGAGACAGAUCGCUUGGGAAGGCUUAUCAAUCACAGCAAAAACGGCAACUGUCAGACCAAGCUCCAUGACAUUAAUGGAAUACCUCACCUCAUUCUCGUGGCCUCCAGAGAUAUACAGGAAGGGGAGGAGCUUCUGUAUGACUAUGGCGACAGAAGUAAAGCUUCCAUCGCAGCUCACCCAUGGCUGAAGGAUUGAUGUAUUCAAAUGAGGGAAUUACUGAUACAUUGUUUCUUAUUAGACCAUUUUAACUCUAUUAUUGCCUUAGCAAAAUAAGAGAAUGUGUAGGGGG